UUUGUGGCCGGUGAGCGGGACCCGGGCGGCUCUGGCCUGCUCUGACCCCGCGUAGUCCGCGGGGGUUGGUGCCCCGGCGAGGCCUAAGGUCAGCGGCCCAGCUUGGUGGCUUGAGGGUCUCGCAUAUGGGAGACUGCAAAAAUUGCUUGGUUUUGAUCCUCAAAGUUGUAUCUUCCACACUUACCUCCUGAUUUACUAGGUCUUUCUGCCGAAUCAGAGAGGCAGAAAGACGACUUUUGUAAGAGGUGAAUAGAUAAUUCCCACGAUUCGUUUGUGUGUCUUUUUUUGAUUAAGGCAUACGGGACAAUGGAGUAUAUGACAGAAUCUACAGACCGCAGCCCUGGGCACAUCUUAUGUUGCGAGUGUGGUGUCCUGAUUAGUCCAAAUCCUGCCAAUAUAUGUGUCGCCUGUUUGAGAAGUAAAGUAGACAUCAGCCAAGGCAUUCCGAAGCAGGUUUCUAUUUCUUUCUGCAAACAGUGUCAAAGAUAUUUUCAGCCACCAGGAACUUGGAUACAGUGUGCUUUAGAAUCCAGGGAACUUCUUGCUUUAUGUUUGAAAAAACUCAAAGCACCUCUGGCUAAGGUACGACUUGUAGAUGCAGGUUUUAUUUGGACUGAGCCCCAUUCUAAGAGACUUAAAGUUAAACUCACAAUUCAGAAAGAGGUGAUGAACGGCGCUAUCCUUCAGCAAGUGUUUAUGGUGGAUUAUGUUAUCCAGUCUCAAAUGUGUGGAGAUUGCCAUAGAGUAGAAGCUAAGGAUUUCUGGAAGGCUGUAGUUCAAGUGAGGCAAAAGAUACUUCAGACUCCAGGGACCUUGCACAAAAAGACUUUCUACUAUCUUGAACAAUUGAUUUUGAAAUAUGGAAUGCAUCAGAACACACUUCGUGUCAAAGAGAUUCAUGAUGGUCUGGAUUUCUACUAUUCCUCAAAACAGCAUGCUCAGAAGAUGGUAGAGUUUCUUCAGUGUACAGUUCCCUGCAGGUACAAAGCAUCCCAGAGAUUGAUCUCGCAGGAUAUCCAUAGUAAUAUGUACAAUUACAAAAGUACUUUUUCUGUGGAAAUUGUUCCAAUAUGCAAGGAUAAUGUUGUCUGUCUGUCUCCAAAACUGGCUCAAAGCCUGGGAAAUAUGAACCAGAUUUGUGUGUGUAUUCGAGUAACCAAUGCCAUUCAUCUCAUAGAUCCCAACACUCUACAAGUUGCAGAUAUUGAUGGGAGCACUUUUUGGAGUCACCCUUUCAAUAGUUUGUGCCAUCUCAAACAGCUAGAGGAGUUUCUUGUGAUGGAAUGUAGCAUAGUCCGUAAUGUAAAGCGCAGUGCAGGUGCUGGAAUGAUAUCAAAAAAACAUAUCCUCGGGGAAGUCUGGGUACAGAAAACUUCUGAAAUGAAUACAGAUAAACAGUAUUUUUGUCGCACACACUUGGGGCAUCUUCUAAAUCCUGGAGACCUGGUGUUGGGGUUUGACUUGGCCAACUGUAACUUGAAUGAUGAACAUGUCAACAAAAUGAACUCAGAUAGAGUCCCAGAUGUGGUAUUAAUCAAGAAGAGCUAUGACCGUAUCAAACGUCAGCGUCGCAGAAACUGGAAACUGAAAGAGCUUGCAAGAGAUAGAGGAAACAUGGAUACAAAAGAUGAAAGGCAAUAUGAAGAUUUCCUUGAAGAUCUCGAAGAAGAUGAGGCAAUUAGAAAAAAUAUCAACAUUUACCGAGAUUCUACCAUCCCUGUGGAAGGUGAUGCAGAUGAUGAAGGAGCACCUCGAAUUAGUCUGGCUGAAAUGCUUGAAGACCUUCACAUUUCCCAGGAUGCCACUGGUGAAGAAGGUGCAUCAAUGAUGACAGAAUGAGAUCAUGCUGUAGACUUUUCACAUCUGUGAACUUCAGGGAAUUGGACAGAAUAAUUUUUUCCGAGUAUUCCAUCUAUGUCUCCAUAUUGAAAGAAGAGAAGUUUAGCUUGGAACAUGAAUAAACAUGAGUAUUUUGAUUGCUCACUCAAAGCGCUGAAAAACAUGGAUGACUUUGAAAUUUUAGAUAACAAAAAAUAUGAAGAAUGUAAUUAUUACUGAUAUUUAGGCCACUUCUGAACUUGUAGAGUUUUAUCACAUUGCUUUUUAGCGUACUGUGAUGCUAGAUUUGGAAGCUCAACUUAUUAACUAGAUUUUCAAGCAUAUAACAAGCUUUUACAUUCUUUUCACAUAGAUUGAUUUAGUAAAAGAGCUUAUAAAAAUUGUUUUAGCGUAAACUUAUUACACACUUUGAUCCACUUUAGAUUAUUUUUAUGUUGUUGAGUUUAAGAUGUUGAGGCUCAGCUUAUCACCAGGCAUUUGGAAGGAAAGUUAGUCUUUAUUUCUUCAUAAAGUUAACAUCUUUAAAUACUGUUAGACUGGGGGUUGUCUUGAUUUUUAUUACAGUAGAAGAAAAUACAUUUAAAAUAGUUGCGGAAUUUGAGCAAACAAUCUUUAUUUAUAAAAGUUUAAAUUAAAAAAAUAGUACUUCUGUUAAUUUUGCCUGUGCCUGCAGCUCAGGAAAGUAGCUGCUUUUGUCAUAAAAAUGUUUUCCUAUCAUUUCAAGGAUUUCGUUGUAAGUUUUGAUUAUGAUUUGAGAAGGAAGGAAUUUGCUGUCAUUGAACAUGUCACUGUUCAGAAGAGUAAUAGAUACCAGGAUAUUGAUGAUGAACUAACAAAAUUGGGCUACAUGCUUUUUAAAACCAUGAAUAAGGUUUGAAUGAGGAAUGCCUUACAUUCUUGAAAGAAAACCCUUGAAGUAUUAAGCUCCCAUUUUUGUAAGGAAGAUCAGACGUACUAAUUAUACCAGAACUAAGAGCUAAUUCGUUAAUUCUAUGUGUGAUGUUGUUAGGUGCUGUCCAGUCAGUUUUUGAAUCAUAGGGACCCCAUCUGAUAGAACUGCCUCAUAGGGUUUUUUAGGUUGUUUUUUUUUUUUAAUAUAUUGGAGCAGGUUGCCGGGUCUUUCUCUUGUGCAGCUGCUGGAUGGAUUUGAACUGCCAGCCUUUCGGUUAGCAGUUGAGUGCUUAACCACUGUGCCACCAGGGCUCCUUAAUUCUGUGUAUACCACCAAAUAAAGAGACUGAGCAAGUGUGAAUAGAACAUUUUCUUUUUUUUAAGGAUUGCAUACCCCAAUUCUAAAGUUUUGAAUGAAGGCCUGAACUUUCUAAAGUGGCUUCCUUUUUGUCUACGUAGUCGGUUAAAGUUAUAGAACUAAGAGCUAUGUCCUUUUCUUUUUCACGGUAAUCUAACGGGGAUGCCAAGUUCUUCACAGGUGAGCUUGACCAUAGCCAGUUCACGCUUGUGGUCUGUGUUUUACCUCUUCUUUAUCAAGACUUUUAAAAGUAUGAAAAUAGAAACAUUUCCGCCCUUUUUUGUGUGUCACUGAAGUGAUGGCAUCAACGUCAUAUUUAAAUGAAAGGGUAUCUAAUGUAGCUUUCUAAGGUAGAAUUGUUAUGUUCUUUAAGUGCUUGUUAUAUAUGAUUUUUCCACUGAAAAAUAGUUUCCCACCAUUCCAAUUUGGUCUUAACUGUUUUUGAUGAUGUGUCUUUACGAGUAAUGAAAUCUGUUGGUUGAAAGAAAGCUGUGACAAGGUAAAGGAAUAUAGCUAAGACAAAAACUUAGUAAAGAACUUGCACAGAAGUUAUAUGACCUUGAUAAAUCUACCAUUUUAGAGUUUGGUUUCCAGGCUUGCAGGUUCUAAAAUCUUCUUACUGAAGUCCCAAAGUUUAUAUUACUUGGGGACGCUGGUAUUGAUUAAUUCACAAGAAGCUGAUUAGUAACCCAGUUCAUAAAUAUCUUACAAUUCAAUAUGAUCAUUAUCUUCCUUUGUAGCCGGAUUUGCUCUUGAAGCUGCUGUCUAUAGUUAGAAGUUCCUUGAUGAGCAAGGAAACAGGAGACAGAGUUGGUUGUGUAAUUUAAAUGUUUAAUAAUAUCAAGUUAAUUCCUUGCCACAGUAAAAAAAAAAAAAAGCUGCCUUUGAGUUCAUUUUUACUCAAUGGCAACCAUGUGUGUAUCA